AGGAAGAGGCCAGUAUGGUUGAAAACUCUCCAGCCCCAUUGCCAGAAAGGGCAAUAUAUGGAUUUGCCCUUUUUUUAGGAUCGUGGUUUGGCUUUAUGUUGUAUCUUAUCUGGGCAUAUGUUCCCGAGACUUGGCUGUUCUCAUUGGGACUAACAUACUGGCCCCAAAAGUACUGGGCGGUUGCUUUGCCGGUGUACCUACUAGUUGCUAUAGGAAUUGGUUAUAUAUUACUUUUUGGUAUUAACAUGAUGAGUACAGCUCCACUUAACUCCACACAUACCAUUACAGAUAACUAUGCAAAAAAGCAGCAACAGAAGAAAUUUCAAGAAGAAGCAAUUCCAGCAUUGAGGGAUAUUCCCAUCAGUGAAAUUGGUGGGCUUAUUGAAAUACCAAGGUUACCAGAAAUAAGGAAGGUGGGUUGUGAAGAUUUUCUGAAACAAGUCUUGAAAUGACUUUUUUUUUAACCGGUCUUAAGAAUACGGAAAACUAGGUUCAAGGAAAUUUCUGGAAAUACAGGAACAAACAGGUCCAUCUUAUUAUAGUCUAGUUUGUAGCACAAAGCACAAUAACUUGUUACGGCAGUGGUUCAGAUGUUUCUUAAACAGUGAAUUUUCUUUCACGUAUGCAUUAUUCAGCAGAGACACAAUUUUUAUCUCCUUUCUUCCAAGAGUCACAAACCCAGUUAUCUUGAGUAGUCAAGGUUAUUUAGUUUGGUUAUAAAGACCAGUGAAUGGUCUUUACCUCAUUACUGUUUGUUAGGCCUAUAAGCCAACUUCUGACCAGCAGAGAAUUUAGUUAAAAACAUCACUAUUUCAUUAAAAGAUAAUAAAUUUGUGAGAAUUUGUGUGAAGAGUCUUAACGCCAGUUCUUUAGAAAUCGGUCAAAACAACCAUCAGUUGCUGUGGGAAGUCUUAAGACCUGGUAACAGUCAAUCUGGUAUGAAUAUGAAAUUUGUAGUUUCUUGGUCCUCUAGUCUUUAGUAGUUUGCCGUUCUUUCCACCUGCAUUUGAAGGAAAAAACCAUGCUAGGUAUUAUGGGUAAGAGAAAAAUACCUUCUUAAUGAAGGAAAAAAUGCUUUUCAGCAUUUCACUCUGAAAUAGUAGAUUUUAGGUGUAUCAUUGUUUGGGGGCACUUCAUAAGAAUGAGUAUUUGUACCUAUGCCUAAUGACUGUAAAUUGGUACAAUGUUUAUUUGUUUGAUAGUCGUAGACUUCCUUGUGAAGUUUUGGUUUUUAGUUUGCCCCCACUUAUUGUUAUUUUCCCCUCCUGCCACAGUUUUGCCCGUCUAUUAAUUUUAAUUUACGUGCUCAAACACCCAUCCAUAGGGUGAAUUCAAGAUUUUAUGAUCAACAGACAUGAAGAUGUAUUUACUUUUUUGUCAAUUCUCUAAUUACAUUGUAGACACUGAAGUAUUGACUGUAGUCUUUUUUUCUGUGUAAUUUCUACCUGUGUUCUAUGUUCCUUUUGCUUUCUGAGAAAGCAAUUUCGUUUUUAAUUCUAAAUUGACAACAAGUGAAGUGCACGUUUCUGGUAUCAUUUGAUGUAAGGAUUAAUUUAGUCCCCUGUUAAGGAUACCCAAAUCCCUUCAGGCUAAAGAAAAGCUACUGGAAAAUGUCCUCAAGCCCUGAAAGCACACAAAUUAAAGGACUGUAAACCUUGGACAAAGAUUGUAUCAGUGAUGAAUCUGCCAUUUCAUUUAACUGCAGACCUCACAAUUAUGGGAAAACUAACAGAGGCACCUAAGUGAGUAGGCAAACCGGGGCCGUUUGUUUAAGUAAA